GACUGACUGACAGGUGGAACACAUUGGGACACUACUGACGUACAGGAGUAAAGAGAGAGAGUGAGAGAAAGAGUGAGACUCUGGGAAGGGGCAGCAUACCUCACUGCUGUAGUACAUGGCUAUCUGGGAUGGAAACAACCAGAGGAAUUUUGGAGGGAAAAGGGAGAGCAAGGGAGAGAGAGCAGGGGAAGGUGGUAAGCAGGAGGUCGGCAGACUCAUUAAGGAUCAAGAGAGAGAGAGAGCACAGAUAUAAAAAUACUCAGUAGCAACUGACACUCAGGCUUGCAGCACCGCAACAUCUGAUUAACUACUUGUCGAUCUCAUGCUGAUAACGAGCAACGGACAGUUUGACUCAGAGCUCAGUUCUGUCCAGAUGGGAAAGAAACAGUGAGAGAGACUUCCUGAAAGACACUGCAGCGUUGGACAAUGACUACUGCGCCAAGAAAGCUGGAUGAGCUGUGCUACCUCACGGCUCAGUCCAUGACAUCACUGGUGACAUCAGAGCACUUCAAGCUGAUCAAAAAGCUGGGAGAGGGGUCGUAUGGCAAGGUGAUGCUGGCGGUGCAUCAGAAGAGAGGAACCCCAAUGGCUCUGAAGUUCUUCCCCCGUCGCUCUACCACUCUCCAAGCUUUCCUGCGUGAAUACAACCUGUCUGUCUCUUAUUGCACACACCCUUCUCUGACGCGGGCUAUUGGCAUCUUCUACUCCACGCCUUCCCACUAUGUUUUUGCCCAGGAGGCUGGUCUUUAUGGAGACCUGUAUGAUGUCAUUGUGUCAGAGGUGGUGAGUGAGGAGUGCGCUCAGAGUGUGAUGUCUCAGUUGAGUGGUGCUGUGUCUCAUUUGCAUUCGCUUGGCUUUGUGCACCGGGACAUUAAGCCUGAGAACAUCUUCUUGUGUGACCGCCUUUGUCGCUGGGUCAAACUGGGCGACUUUGGCCUGGCGCGGGCAAAGGGGACCAAGGUCCGUGCUGUGUGGUACAACUCUCCUUUCUGUGUGCCCGAGAUGGAGUGCGCUAAGACAGUCAGUGAGGGGAAGGAGGGAGCAGAGGACACCUGGAUGACAGUAGAGCCCAGUUUGGAUACUUGGUCUUUAGGCAUCCUCAUAUACUGCCUGCUGACAAGCUGCUUCCCCUGGGAGGAGACCACGUCUGAUGACCCUUCCUACUGCAAGUACAGAGACUGGUUCAACCGAACCAAAGAGAGAGAAGAGAGGGCCAGAGGACCGAAUGAACUGAGGGAGGGAAAUCAUUGUGAAAAGCAAAACACUGUGAGAGAGGAGAAUGAGGCUGAAUUAGAAGUCGCCCGUCAGUUUGACUCUCUAAGCUCAUUCGUCCUCAUUCUUCUGAGAAAGCUGCUGAACCCGCUGCCCUGGCUUCGCCCCGGGCCUGAAGAGAUCCUGUCUUACCUUGGAGGACCUUGGUUACUGAAGACAGAGAAAGAGGAAUUGAGGAGAGAGCAGGAGGCGCAUUUGGAGGCCAAGAAGAUCCACGAGAGAGGAGGGGUGGAAGGGGGAAAAGAGAUAUUGGGAAGGAGGGAGAGAUAAAGUUCAUGUACGACUGCAAUAUUAUAAACAGAUGUACUUUAUAUUUAUGAGUUUUUAUAUAUAUUUUGGAAUAUUAGUUUUUUACAAAUAGACAAUGAGAUGAAUGAACUUUUUAAAGAUUUGUAUUUGUACAGUGGCCCUUGGACACUUAAUAUAAAUAAUUAAUUAUUAAUAUUAAAUUAUUAGUAAUAUAACUUAUUAAAGAGUUAAUGUCAUUGCAUUAGAGAACAAAUUAUCCAGCCAAGUUGAUGUAUACACACACACACACACACACACACAACAAUUCAAAA